CCUGCGCAUGGUGCGAUAUGCGUUCGCUGCCGGCUCCGCCGUCUCCCUCGUGCGCACAGGCAGGCAGUCGAGGCGCGACCCUGGUGCGCUCAGGUCUUCACCGAAAGUGAGGCGUGAAAAGUUCCGAGUUUGCCGUGGUUGUGAGACCGUUUGGGGACACAAACACCCAGGAGGACUUUUCUUUCGUCUAUUUUGCGUCCCCGCAAUCGCGAUGGAGUGGUGGUGCGUGAUCGGCGCCCUGCUGCUCGUCCAGGCCACCACUCUUACGGCGCAGUCCGCUGUCACCCUUAACAAGAGUGGAUACGACGGUCUCGUAAUUUCCAUCGGAGAAAACGUUCCUCACGCGGAAUGCUCUUCUAUUGUCGAGAAUUUAAAGACGAUGAUGAUUCAUGCGUCGAGAGACCUGAACGACGCACUGGAGGGCCGAGCAUUCUUCAGGUCUGCGAGUGUACUUUUCCCCAGCUCGUGGCCCGACGACUGCGGCCAGUAUGUGGAGCCGGCGUCCGGCGAGAUGACCACAAGGGCCGACGUGCGCAUCGUGCCGCAGCACCUGAUCUUCGGCGAAAAUCUCUGGACCCAACAGAGCCAGGGCUGUGGAAAGCCUGGUGACUUCAUUUCGAUCCCUUACACCAAGCUGAUCUACAACGCCAACCUAGGUCGCGCCUUCGUUAAGGAAUGGGCCAAGCUGCGCUACGGCGUGUUCGACGAGUCCGGCAUUGAAGGCGAUGCCGUCUACCCGCUUUGCUACUAUGACGAAAGAGACGGCGCCGCUAGGGUCUCAGGCUGCUCUGACAAAUUCGUCAAUACUAAUGGGAUUUGCAAUGGCCAGAACGUAACAGCAUACUCGUUGAAAAGCACCACUGAUGGUCUGACUCGCCUGCUGGUUCCCCAAGACGCCACCACGAGCAUCAUGUUUGCGCACACUUCGCCCGACGUGACCAAAUUCUGCAACCAAAGUAACCACAACGGGUACGCGCCCACCAAGCAAAACGCCAUGUGCGACAGACUCAGCGUCAUGGAAGUCAUUCAAGAGCACAAGGACUUCAAGAACAUUCCUGUAGGCGAAGAGCCGUAUUUUGGAGACACAACCCCCGUUUUGAAGUUCAAAAGGGAAAAGCUCACGCGCUAUGUUUUCGUCAUUGAGGACACCAGCAACAUGGCCUCCAGGGAGUCAUGGAACUUCUUGCGUGAUGCCAUCAAGAUGGUCAUCCUCGAUUUGUCCGAUACAACAGAAGUGGGCAUAGUAACCGUGGUUGGCACUCACAAGAACAACACCAAGAGUACCAUCCAAUUGCGGCCGCUGGUUCCUCUGAACACCGCGCAUAACAGGCAGAAGGUCUCAUCUGUCCUACCCUUCUCGCCAGGAGACGGUGCUGAGCAGCAUAGUGGCGAGCAAGGCUCCUCCUGCCUUGACUGCGGCGUUUCAGUGGCCAUUGACAUGCUGACAAAACAUGGCAAGCAAGGUGGAAACUCUGUGAUAGUGCUUGUGGCCCCUGGAACUGACCGAGUGAACGAGCUUAAGAACCUGGGGAAUGUAGCAAAGAGCCAAGGCAUUAGGAUCGCGACAGUGACUUAUCCGCAAAUUGCGCGUUCUACAUACUCCAGCCUGGACAGUCUGGCCCACGCGACAGGAGCCCCCGCAUUCACGAUCAUGGAGAGGAGGAAGAAUCAUGAAAAGUCUUUCUUUGACUCCUAUUUUGAGCUCACGCAGGCGUUCCUCGCGAUUACGAACGAGUUUUACCAGGGUGACAGAUCCAAGCUGCGCGUUCAGAUCCACAGAAAGAAGGUUGCGGAAAACAGUGGCAAACAGGAGACAGGAACGUUUUAUGUCCCUAAUGGUCUUGGCGAGCCUAGUCAAGUCCUUGUGUACAUUCACAACCCCCAAAAUACGCUUUUGAAAAAAGUCACCCUGCAAAGCCCAUCGCAUAGGAUUUACGACCAAAGGUCUGAGGAAUUGCUCAACCUCAGGGUUUUCGAGAAUAAUGCUGUCCUCAACGAGUCUGGAACAUGGACGUACACGUUUGAUCAGUACCCUGGCAACAAUCAGCCGCACUACAUUGUGGUGUCGGCCACCCCGAAGAGCUUGGGUCAGUCGGAGGCACCUGUGAUGGCGCGCUUCUUCACCAGCAGUCUCGAAUUGAACGACCAGAGCGACCCCUUGGUCCUCUACGCCGAGGUCAAGCAGGGUGACUGGCCCGUCAUGGCGGCAAACGUCGUGGUCACAGUCACCAUGCUGCACAACAAUACGAACGUACUUGAGAAACGAAUCACGCUGCUCGACUCUGGCAGCGGCGACCCCGACAUAACGCAGAACGACGGAAUUUACUCACGAUACUUCACUCCCGACGAAAUAAGCAGUGCUGGCACCUACAGGUUUGAGUUGUCAGUGAAUGGCCAUCAAGCAUACACGUGGCAGACGAAUUCGAAUUAUCCGAACCGCAGAUCGAUCGGAAAUUACGACGACGACGACAGCAGUGACCAACAGAUGCCAAAAAGUCGGUGCUGCGGAAGCACCAUCUGGUCAUCGGCCACGAAAGUCCUGCCGCCGUUCCAGAUCACCUUGCCACCUGUGGACAUCAAGAUGACAAAUUAUGUCCUAUCAAAGCUCCAGAAACUGCAACCAUCCAGGAUUGGCAACCUCAAAGUGCUGGAGUCAGGCGAACGCGAACCCAGCUUAGUGUGGACGGCGCCAGGAUCGAACGGUGAUGUUGGCACAGUGGAACGAUACGAUUUGAGAUUCGCUUUCGAUUUGGUUUCGCUCAUGGACAACUUUGAAACCUGCUCUAAAUGGCCUCAUACGCUUGACAUUCCGCUGGAGGCAGGCACAGAGACGACAUUCAGAUUGGACUUCAACAAGUUGCCCCAACUGCUAGACCGCCCCAUUUUCGUGGCCCUCAGAGGCAUCAACGUCUAUGAAAUGGAAGGAAAGGUGUCAAACGUGGUGCGCCUGCUGGAAAUGUCUCCUCCAACGCCAUCCGUGAUUCCUUCCAACCUCGACCACUUCCCCGCCGACCCCAAAGUGGUGCCCAACCUGUCCAGCGCUGGAGGGCUCAACUACAGCAGCCAAGUUCUAGUCGCUGCCACCACCUGCCUGAUCAUUCUUGUCAUCCUUGUUACGGUCGGCUGCGUUUUGUUCAUGCAUAGGAAGAAGAAUGCAAAGGAAGCGCUGCCACCAGCAUUGUCGUCUGGUGGCCAACAGCCGUUCUCUGGACCACCACCCCGAUACGAGGCAGAGGACGAUUACAAUAAGCAAAGAGAUAAGGCGAUCUAUGCAGCCGCCAUGCCAGAGCAUCACCAGGUGCACUUGCCGCAACAGAACAACGUUCCACACCAGCAGAUCGUGAACGCACGCACCUUGAGCCCGUACCAGUCGUGGACGGCGAGCCAGCUCCUGCACGAGCACGAACGGCGGCACAGUCCGUACGGCUACCUGCAGCAGGAUGGGCCACCCGUGCCGCCACCGCCGCACGACCAGUCCAUCUACACGGUCAAUUAUUACAACAACUCGUUCAUGUCGAUCGCUGACGAGGGCAACAGCAUCUAUGGCCAGCGGCCAAAGCAGGGGCCACCUACGCUGCCAAAGCCAAACUUCAACCCUAGUCUGCAGGGCAGCCUCUCGUCGGUCAACAGUGCCGAAAAGAAGAAGAGGAACGUCACCAUGGUGUGAAUCUCCUUUUUCUGAGGACACAAGUGCAAAACUUAUUUUUAAUUGCCCGAGACUCGUCUCAGUGUGCGUGCGUGCUCAAUGCCGACUCUUCUGGUCAGUUCCCGAAUCAAACCAAUUAACGCCUCUGCAGCUUGGGUGGCCAGUGUUGACUUUGCAACAAAUGAACUACUGGUGUUAAAGGUGUUGCCAGCCGUGAUCUCCAAACCAAUGAGACUGACCCACCCAUCAAUCUGCUGUCGUUUUGCAGCGUUGCUCUCAACACCUGGUCAGGACUUUCAAACGCGGACUUGUUGUUGAGAGCCGAUUCUACCAGUGCAGAGAAUGAAUAUAGUGUGCAGGUGGUUUUACUAUCAAAUAAUGUACAGAUGUAUUUUAUUUAACCGAUUUGGAGCAAUAAAUAAAAACAAAGUAUUGUACACUGUAAA